AUGUCCACCGAAAACUCUCCCCGCGCUGUUCGCUUCUCGCAAGGCGAGGUCGAGAUGCUCCCCAGCAAACCCCAUCCCUCGCGCCCGAUUGCCAUCACGACAGAUUCCGACGCCUCGGGGUCCUCGGAAGACUUCACCCCCGACCCAAGCGACCCCGCCGAGCUUGAGCGCGACGAUGAGCUCGGCUCCUUGUCCAGAUAUACAGAAGGGAGCCUCUCCGGCUCCGUGGCUUCUUUGGCCCCGAACUCGUUGGCAAACAGCACAGGCCGGGUUCAGCGCGACGGCGCCGCCAUAACGCCGAACGGGACAGGUACUCGCCAGUCGCAGAGGCCAUUGCCCUUGACCAGGACGCCCUCGAGCACAUACGCGCCGCAGAGGGGCCCUGCCAUGUCCUCCAUCAACACCCGCUCGGGCUCCAGGCCUCGGCGGAGCGACGACCCCGAGCAGAAGUUCCGCAAUCAGGAGCCUGCGUAUCUGCGCAUGAUGCGCCACCAGGAACAGCCACCCAACGGCUACUUCGACCCCUACACCCCCAGCUUGGAUUACUCGGACGACGAGUCUGAGGGAGAGACGCCCUCGUCCGAAGGCGUCUACGAUGGCCAGUACAACGAGGAGACCAUCAUGUUCUACAAUGCCGACGAGAAUGAUCUACACCCUACCGAAGAUGACGUGACGGACCCGGACAAUCGGGAAAGGCUGGAAUGGCACGGCAUGCUGGCUGCCGUUCUGACGGGAGAUGUCGUAAGACAGGAGAAGAAGCGUCUCAUAGGCUCCUCCGAGAAAGAAGGAGGCAUUUCCGCGCACAAGGCCGAACUGUGGGUUGGCUUACGGUCGAAGAUAUGCGGCCGAUCCCUGGCUGUGCAGCGCAGGGUAGUCGAGGAAGCCCGAUCCAACCUGGACAGGACUAUCGACGAGAUCACUCGCUUCGAGGUCCAGGGUGAGAGUGAAGCCGGGAAACCCCCCAUUGAGCAGAUCCGGGACGUGGUCAUGAAGGUCGAGAAGUGUGUCACCCUAUACCCGUCGUGGCAAGCCCUCGGCGCGGAUCACAAAACGGCUACCUCGCAAUCUUUCCAUGAGACCUGUGACGCCGUCCUAUCGUGGUACAACACGAACGAGAUGAUCAACACAGAGCUGGAUAUUCUGAAGAAGUGGGUCGGAAAUCGUGAUUUGGACUUUCACAUGAAGAAACAGAAGUCCCCCAGCACAAAUGGCUUGAAUGACGAGACUUCGUUCCUGGACCGAUUGAUGAAGGAGGACGGGCUCAAAUCUUUGCACGACGACAAUGGCGACGAGGCGGAAAAACGGAAAGCAGCAGCAAAGACAAAGACUCUCAUCCGCAGGAGUAUGCUUGCUUCCAUCUCGACCACGAUCGCGAAGGCGAAGGAAACCCUCAUUGCAAACUCGGCAGCAUUCAAGAAGCGCCACCUGCCGCCCUACAUCGAGGAAAUUCUCACCUUAAUCAGUUUCCCCUCGCGGCUGAUUGAGGAGAUCAUUAAAGUUCGGCUCGCCUUCGCUAAGAAGAUGAAGGAGACGACCCAGCAGAAUGCUAUACUCCAGGAUCAGAUGAUCGGCCAAUUCGAGAUCCUGUUGAAGCUCGCAAUCAAAAUCAAACAGGAUUGUCUCACCGUUCUUCAGCCUCAGCCUGGUUGGCAAUUGCCGCCCUGCAUCGAUGACUCUUUUGACCAAGUUGUACUCGAAGCGCUCAAGUACUACUUCAAGAUGCUGAACUGGAAGUUGAGCAGGAACAAGAACACGUUCAAAGAGGCAGAAGUUCUGUUCCAGGAAUGGGACUUCGCCAAUAUGGUUGGCCGAAACCUGCAAGGUGGUGACAUUGAGGUCGCGGAACAGUUUAGUACUCUGACCUUCAAGGCUCUCAAUCGCCUGAGCACGACGUUUGAGCGUGAGCUCCAACGAAAGCCCAAGGAGUCCGCCGACGCCAUGAACAAACGGUACAAGCAGCUCCUCGAAUCGGUUCGUGUAAGACAAAGGAUGUUGCAACGUUUCUCCCGAAUGUUGAGUGACCAUUACGAAAAUGCGUCUGAUCUCAGCAUUGCUUUUGCAGCCGAUGAGCUGCAGCACUUCUACGAGCGACUAUCAGUCAGUGGCCAUUUCUUCGUAGAUGAAAUCGACGGGAUACAGAUCAUUGCCUCCCCGGCCCUCGUUGGGCGAGAUGAUGAAGUGCAAUCGAUCCUGCGGACUUGUUUCCAUGGCCCACAGCAGGAGUCAGACCCGACUGAACCGUAUGUUCUGAUCCUCAGGCCUGAGACCCCCUUGCAUUGGUUUGGCAACCGCAGCACUCAGCUCUUGAACGUCGACUCAACAGACCUCAAGGUCGGUCAGAUGCGGUUGAUUGCCGACGGGUCGCAGUAUAGACUCGCCAACGCACGCAAGUCAUUCAUUGAAGCGAUAGACAUGCAUCUGGAUCUUGUGGUAGAGCAACGGUCCAAUCUGCACAAGGUCAACUCAAGGCUGAUGGAGAUUCGAAAAGUGGCGUUUAAGCUGUCCAACACAUUCAUGGACAGUGUAGAGAUCAUUCGGCGACAAACCGAAGGACUCGAUUGCACUGAGCUCAUCCAGACCUGCUUCGUUUUCGCCACCGAGUUUGGCCAGCGAUCCUUGAUUAGCAUGGAUAGCAACCGCCGCCAGAUGAACAACAUGAAACUCACAAAACUAGCCCUAGAUUGGGUGAGUUUCAUCUGUGACGACUGUACUGUGAGCGAUCGAAAGUCCUUUCGAUGGGCCGUUCCGGCCUUGGAGUUUGCAAUGGGUAUGACGAGAGGUCGACAUAUCCUUGGCCUGGAUCCCUCUGAAUAUGCCAAGUUGAGGGCCAAAGUGUCUGGGUGCAUGCGAUUGCUCAUUUCCCAUUUCGAUAUUCUCGGAGCCAAAUCGAAUCAGGCCGCGCAGUCAGAAAAAGAACGGAUUGAGGCUCUGGUCGGACAAUUUAAGAGGCUUGACAAGAACCGCAUGCUGGACGACGAAGAAGCAUACAAAUAUAUCCAAGAACAGCGACUCGAGAGGAUAGCGGAGGUUGACGAGUAUCAACGACAGACCAUCGCGGAAAGACAAGGCUUGGGCCGCGUCCUUGAGGUUUCCAACGAGGUCGAUCGAUCCUUGGCUUAUCUGUCCUCUUCGGCUACGAAUGUCACGAUGCGCUGGCAGCAGGGACAUUUCGUGGGUGGCGGCACAUUUGGCAAUGUGUACGCAGCAAUGAAUCUGGAUACUGGUCAUCUGAUGGCCGUAAAAGAGAUCCGCCUUCAGGACCCCAAGCUGAUACCCCAAAUUGCUACCCAGAUCAGGGAUGAGAUGGGAGUCCUUGAGGUCCUUGACCACCCGAAUGUUGUGUCAUAUUACGGUAUCGAGGUUCAUCGCGACCGGGUUUACAUUUUCAUGGAAUUUUGCUCCGGUGGCUCAUUAGGAAACCUUCUUGAGCAUGGUCGUAUUGAGGACGAACAAGUCACGAUGGUUUACGCUCUGCAACUGCUUGAGGGUCUUGCUUAUCUUCACGAGAGCGGCAUUGCUCAUCGUGACAUCAAACCAGAGAACAUCCUCCUCGACCACAACGGUGUUAUCAAGUACGUUGAUUUCGGCGCUGCCAAAGUAAUAGCCCGACAAGGACGUACUCUAAUGCGGACAUCGGUUGCUACACCGAACAAAUCGAUGACCGGCACACCUAUGUACAUGUCUCCCGAGGUUAUUAAAGGCGAAAACCCUGGUAAGGCCGGGUCCGUCGAUGUUUGGUCUCUGGGAUGUGUUAUCCUGGAAAUGGUCACUGGAAGACGACCUUGGUCUAACCUCGACAAUGAGUGGGCCAUUAUGUACAAUAUUGCACAGGGUAACCCGCCUCAGCUACCAAGCACCGACCAGCUCAGUCCGCAGGGCAUUGAUUUCCUGGAGAAAUGUUUUGUGCGGGAUCCUCGGAAACGGGCCUCGGCUGUCGAGCUGCUGCAGCAUGAGUGGAUCAUGAGCAUCCGCAGCCAGGUCAUGGAGCCAGCCACCCCCAGUGACAGCUCCGGCUCCGCGCAGAACACGCCCCAUCCCAACUCGGCCAGCAGCCGCGCCGCCGCUGACGGCUUUGCCUAG